CCUAACCCUAAAAUCUAAUAAUUUCUCUCCAUCAAAGCUGCCGCUUCUUCUCUCCCUCGAUGCCUCUCGACGGCCACUCUUAUCUCGUCGCUCAAGGAUGGACUGGGAGCGGCACAGGGCUCCGUGACGGCGCUAUCAGCCGGCCUCUUGCCAUCCCCCAGAAGAAAAAUCUCGCCGGCCUGGGCAAGGACCGCGACGAAGCGUUUCCGUUCUGGGACCACCUCUUCUCGGCCGCCUCCAAGGCCAUCCAGAUCAAGCUAUCCGGAGCCGACAGUGAUACGAACGAUUCCGACCUCGACGACACCUCCAAUGCCGAUCUAAAGCGCACGAGCACAGGUAUCCUCUCGAACCGCCGACCGAUCGUCGGCACGAGCGCAGACACCUCUGGAACCUCCACACCCGAUGUCGACUCGGCUCACGCGCGCCUGAGCCUGCUGGCCCAAGCCAAGCGCGAUGCCGCCAAGCGCGGGCUGUACUCCAGGUUCUUCCGCGGGCCCAUCGUAGCCCCGGACUCCGACGAUCCUGCCCAGCAGCCCGCCGCGCCGGUCGCGGAACCCAGCGACGCGCGGCCGAGCAAGAAGCGCAGACGGAAAUCGACGUCGUCCGACGCGGAUGCGAAGGACGACUCGGACAAGCGUGAGCGGAAGCGGAUGCGGCAGGAAAAACGGGAAAGGAAGGAGCUGAGGAGGCAGAAGAAGGAAAGGAAGGAGUUGCGCCGAUUGAAGAAGGAGAAGAAAGAAUCGCGUAGGAGGAAGGAGGACGAGGGAGCCGGAAUCACGAACCCAGGCUGGUCGACAGAGGAUGUCAACGUUGAAGAGAAGCAGGAGAGGAAACGAGAGCGUUCUUCAUCUGGUGCAGAGUCGUCGAAGCAGGAUGCAGAGCGAGUACCACGCAAGCGAAAACGAGAAGACAUCGGAGCACAGCAAACUGUCGUCCCGGACAAGAAAGAGGAGAGGCGGAGACGGCGGAAAGAUGACUGA